AUGCUUCGCCGGGGCUCUAAGGCCUGUAAAGGGCGAAGACACCUGAGCCACCGCCUCAGCUGGCGACAAGAACAGGCGCUGAGCAGCAGCAUCUACCUCGUCCGAGAGACGGGCCCCAUCGGCUUCCUGCUGAGGGAGGAGGAGCCGGAGAACCGGGAUUUCCGAGUUUUUCUAGGAAAUCCUCAUGUUUGUAACUGUCCCACAUUUCAGAUAGAAGGGGAACUUUGUAAGCAUAUAUGCUGGGUCUUGUUGAAAAAAUUCAAGCUUCCAAGGAAUCAUGAAUAUGCCUUGCAGUUAGGUCUCGUGGAAGGAGAAAUUAAUGACUUGCUUCGGGGAAUAGAUCAAGUUCAAAUUCCCCAAAAACCAACAAAUGACAAAAAUUCACAUAUUGAAGACGGAUACAUUGAACAGAAGGCAAUUUGUUCAGAUGAUAUUUGCUCUAUCUGUCAAGAAGUACUUUUAGAGAAAAAGCUUCCUGUCACCUUUUGCAGAUUUGGCUGUGGCAAUAAUGUUCAUAUAAAAUGCAUGAAGAUCUUAGCUAAUUAUCAGGAUACAAUAUCAGACACUCCUAUGCUGAAAUGUCCUCUAUGUAGGGAAGACUUUGCACCAUUAAAACUUAUUUUGGAGGAAUUCAAAAACUCUAACAAACUUGUGACUAUAGCUGAGAAAGAGCGACUGGACAGACAACUUGGAAUUCCCUGUAAUAACUGUAAACAAUUUCCAAUUGAGGGAAAGUGUUAUAAGUGUACCCAGUGCAUAGAAUAUCACUUAUGCCAGGAAUGUUUUGAUAGCUGCUGCCAUCUGUCUCAUUCAUUUACAUUUCGUGAGAAGAGAAAUCAAAGAUGGAAAUCACUAGAAAAAAGAUCAGAUGAAAUUGUAAAAUAUAUAGAUAGUAACAAUGACAUAGAAGAAAAACCACAUUUUCAAGAAAAGCAAAGCCAGGUUUAUACACCAAAACAUGUGAUAAAGUCGCUGCCUCUCUUAGUGAUCACAAAGAAUAGUAAGCUGCUUGGUCCAGGCUACCAGUGUCGUCUUUGUUUGAAGGCAUUUUGCCUUGGUCAGUAUGCAAGAUUGCUCCCAUGUCGUCACAAGUUUCAUAGGAAAUGUAUUGACAGUUGGUUAUUCCACAAGUGCAAUUCAUGCCCUGUUGAUGGACAAGUUAUAUAUAAUCCUUUAAUCUGGAAAGAAACAGCAGUUAAUGGACGUGUACAUCCCUCUAUUUCAAACACCGAGAGCACUCAUUUGUCAAAACAGGAAGAACGAGGACUUUUUAUUCCUGGUACUGGAUUAGUUUUAAAACAAAAUAGACUUGGAAUUUUGCCUAGCAUCCAUCAGUGUAAUUCUGAAAAGUUGAAUACACCUCAAAGUUCUGCAGAUAUCAACCAGAAAAUAACAACAGAUGAUCUAUACUCUAUCAAAUUAGAUGAUUUAAAUUCAAGAAAAUUAAUCUACGAAUAUAAAAUUAGGCAACAUUUCCCCAGGUAUUUUCACGAUUUACCCAAUGGAUCCUUUAAGAAAAUAUCAUCUCAAACAUUUCUUCCUUCUAUUACUCACAAGAAUAUUAUAGGUCCCACUGGAACGGAAAGCCCACCUAUCAAUGAUACUGGUCAAAGCCAGAAGAUGACCAAACACUAUAAACAUGUUAACCACAAUCUAAAGAAGAUUCUUGAUACUAAAAUGAGAGGAAAACCAGAGAUCAAAUACUUCCAGGACAACUGGAGUACAACUAAAUUUAGUUUGUCUAAAAUGCAUGAUAAUUGUAUGGGGAAAAUUAGACAUAAAUGUCAUCAUCUAUCAAGAACGCCUAUGUCUCACCUUAAAUAAAAAAGUCCUGAGCCAUCUUCAAUGUUGGAAGGAGUUUAG